UACUGAUUAGAUGGCAGCUUUAGUGGGGAUUACCCACUGAGGUAUAUAGGGAUUACCAAAUCGUGAUGCAGCUGAAUAGACGAAGUGCGCAGUCAGUCAUUGGGGUGCACUAUUUACUGUAGGCGCCAGCGACGUCAUAGUGGCAAGCAGUAUGUUGCGUCUACCUGCUGUGAGUCGCGCUCUUUCAGGAGUGGCUCACUCUAAAGGGGGCAUGGCAAUCACUAACAAUGUUCGCACUGUAGCAACGGCAGCGCCCGCAGCUGUCAGUAACCUGGUGGAAGUGUUUGUGGAUGGGAAGCCAGUUAUGGUGGAACCAGGGACCACAGUCCUGCAGGCAUGUGAAAAGGUAGGAGUACAGAUUCCUCGCUUCUGUUACCAUGAGCGCCUGUCAGUUGCAGGGAACUGUCGGAUGUGUCUUGUGGAGAUUGAGAAAGCUCAGAAGCCUGUGGCCGCAUGUGCCAUGCCAGUCAUGAAGGGCUGGAACAUUUUAACCGACUCCGACAAAACAAGAAAAGCUAGAGAGGGUGUGAUGGAGUUCCUGUUGGCCAAUCAUCCUUUAGACUGCCCAAUCUGUGACCAGGGAGGAGAAUGUGACCUUCAGGACCAGUCCAUGCAGUUUGGCAGCGACCGGAGCCGCUUCUUGGAGAACAAGAGAGCUGUGGAGGACAAGAACAUAGGCCCCCUCAUCAAAACCAUCAUGACGCGCUGUAUCCAGUGUACUCGCUGUGUCCGGUUUGCCAGUGAGAUUGCAGGUGUGGAGGAUCUGGGAACAACUGGCAGGGGCAACGACUUGCAAAUCGGCACCUACGUGGAGAAGAUGUUCAUGUCCGAGCUGUCUGGGAAUGUGAUCGACAUAUGCCCGGUGGGGGCGCUGACGUCCAAGCCGUAUGCCUUCACCUCCCGUCCCUGGGAGACCAGAAAGACUGAGUCCAUUGACGUGCUGGAUGCUGUGGGCAGCAACAUCGUGGUGAGCACCCGUGGUGGGGAGGUGAUGAGGAUUCUGCCUCGUCUCCACGAAGACAUCAACGAGGAGUGGAUCUCCGAUAAGACCAGGUUUGCCUAUGAUGGCCUAAAGCGUCAGCGCCUCACUCAGCCCAUGGUGAAGGAUGCGUCUGGACAACUGGUGACCACAACGUGGGAAGACGCGUUGACGAGAGUGGCUGGGGUGUUGCAAGGAGCUCAAGGUACCAGUAUUGCAGCCAUUGUAGGAGGGAUGGUGGACGCAGAAGCUCUGAUAGCGCUGAAAGACCUGCUGAACCGCUUCAAUAGUGACAACUUGUGUACUGAGGAGAUCUUCCCUAUGGAAGGAGCUGGAUCUGACCUGCGCUCAAACUACCUACUGAAUUCCCGCAUCGCUGGUAUUGAAGAAGCUGAUUUGCUGCUCCUCGUUGGCACAAACCCACGCUAUGAGGCGCCGCUUUUCAAUGCACGCAUCAGGAAGAGUUGGCUUCACAACGAGCUGCAGGUGGCCUUGGUGGGCCGCCAGGUGGACCUGACCUACACUUAUGAUCAUCUGGGGGAGUCCGCUGAGGUCCUGCAGGAAAUUGCUGCUGGGACCCACCCCUUCUCUACGGUUCUUGCCAAGGCAAAGCGUCCUGUAGUGGUGUUGGGCAGUGCAUCCCUGCAGAGAGAUGAUGGGGCCGCUAUACACGCGGCAGUGUCCGCCAUUGCCCAGAAUGCCCGUGUCAGCAGUGGAGUAGGAGAAGGCUGGAAGGUUCUCAAUGUUCUUCACCGGGUGGCCAGUCAAGUUGCUGCAUUGGACCUUGGAUACAAGCCAGGCGUGGAUGUCAUCAAGAAGAAUCCACCCAAAGUACUGUUCCUCAUUGGGGCAGAUGCUAGCUGUAUCACCCGCCAAGACCUGCCAAUGGACAGCUUCAUCAUUUAUCAGGGGCACCAUGGAGAUGCUGGGGCAACGAUGGCUGAUAUAAUUCUCCCUGGAGCAGCUUACACAGAGAAGUGUAGCACCUAUGUGAACACUGAGGGCCGCGCCCAGCUGACCAGACUUGCUGUCACUGCUCCAGGCAUGGCCAGGGAGGACUGGAAGAUCAUCCGUGCAAUUUCUGAGCUUGCUGGAGUUACACUGCCUUAUGACAGUAUUGAUGAGGUCCGGGACAGAUUGGCAGAGAUUUCUCCCAACUUGGUGCGCUAUGAUGAUGUUGAGGAAGCUAACUACUUUCAGCAAGCAAAUGAACUGGCCAAGGCUGUUAAUCAGACUGUCCUCUCAGAGCCUCUGGUACCUCCGCAGCUCACUGUCCAAGACUUUUACAUGACAGAUUCAAUAAGCAGAGCCUCCCAGACAAUGGCCAAGUGUGUCAAGGCUGUGACAGAAGGAGCCAAAGCUAUAGAGGAGCCAUCCAUAUGCUAAACGCUUGGUUUUCCUGGGUCAUUUAUCUCUCACUUACUUACUGAAAUAACUCCUAGGCAUACUUAAUUUUAUUUAAAUGUGUGUGUAUAUGUUACUGGGUCAUUGUACCAUAUAACAUUAAUUUAAAAAACUUUAAGGAAAGCAUUAAUGUAUUCUGUGAAGUCAAAGUGAUAAAUGUAGUACCUAUCCAAUUCAAUGGUAUAAAAAAUGGUAGCCUAUAAAUACACAUUCAUAGAUACAAUUGUUAUGCAGUGAAGUUUUUAAUAUUGUAUUAGAUUCCUGUACAGGUCUCACUAUAUGCUAAACUUUCAGUAUGAUAUAUGCAAAAUGUCCUACCCAAUGCAGAAAUCCCUCAUCACCUUAAUGACCAAAUGCAGUGCAGGCAACUUUCAGUCUCCCAGCUGACACCAGCAUAAAUAGUUUAUUACUUGUAUGUAUGUAUUACCAAACCACUGUGAAUUGUGUAAAUAUCAUAUUUUCCCUAAUGACUAUACACUGCUUUGUAGAUUAUGUAUAAAAGAAUAAAUUAAAUAAAUAUUUUUUUUCCCUGUA